CACGGCAAAAGAUGGCUGGGUCACAAAAUGAGAGUUUGCAGAAAUUGUUCAGAAACUUGGCUCUUCCUGUUGGUUUAUCUGCAGCAGCUCUAGGGACCGUGUAUUUCCUGAGGAAGUUCGGAAUAAUUUAUCAGCUAUUUCACAAGGUUGACAGCAAAACAAAGAGGAAUGGUGGCGACAUUGUGGCGGAUGUCCUUAAGGCACACGGAGUGAAGUAUGUGUUUACCCUCGUAGGAGGACAUAUAUCCCCUAUACUCGUAGCUUGUGAAAAGCUUGGGAUAAGAGUUGUAGACACAAGACAUGAGGUGACUACAGUUUUUGCAGCAGAUGCUGUAGCCAGGAUGUCAGGGACGAUUGGUGUGGCAGCGGUCACUGCUGGACCAGGUCUGACAAACACUGUCACUGCCGUGAAGAAUGCUCAGAUGGCUGAAUCACCGGUUUUACUUAUAGGGGGUGCUGCAGCUACUUUACUCAAGGGUAGAGGGGCCCUCCAGGAUAUAGACCAGAUGUCACUGUUCAAACCUCUGUGUAAAUACUGUGCUUCUGUAACAAAGAUCAGAGACAUUGUGCCCACACUGAAGAAAGCACUCCACGAGGCACAGUCUGGGACUCCAGGUCCAGUGUUUGUUGAGUUCCCCAUUGACACUCUUUAUCCUUACGAAACUGUUAGACGAGAGAUUGGAAUGAAAGAGAAGGGGCCCGUUAGUUUGGUUCAGCGAAUAAUCAACUGGUAUUUGAUGAACCAUCUCAACAACCUGUUUGCUGGUGCAUUUGAAACACGUGACAUGUCACCUAUACCUCUCAAUCAACAGAAAGCCACACCCUCUCAAGUUCAGAAGAGCAUAGAACUAAUCACCAAGGCCAAGAGACCGGUCGUUCUGGUGGGGAGUCAAGCCACCCUCCCCCCUAUACCAGUGGAUCAGCUCAGAAAGGCUCUGGAGGAUAUGGGGAUUCCUUGUUUCCUUGGGGGUAUGGCCAGAGGUCUGCUGGGGAGGUACAGUCCGAUCCAGGCACGCCAGAAGAGAGGGGAGGCACUAAAAGAGGCAGAUCUUGUUAUCAUGGCAGGGGCAGUUGCAGACUUUCGACUGGGAUAUGGGCGUGUCCUCAAUAGACGAUCUAAAAUAAUCACCAUUAACCGCAGCAAGGAGCAGCUAUACAAAAAUUCGGACAUGUUUUGGAAGCCUACUGUAGCUAUAGAGGGAGAUGUAGCCAGCUUUAUUGUCCAAAUCUCCCAGGGACUGCGGGGAUACAAGUGUGACCCUGACUGGAUACAGAAACUCAAGGACAAAGAUGAAGAAAAGGAGAAGGCCAAUAGGCUGAAGGCUGAUGAGAAAACAGACCAACAUCUGAAUCCCCUGAAGGUUUUACACAUUGCAGAGGAAGUCAUGUCUGACGAUACAGUGAUGGUGGCAGAUGGUGGUGAUUUUGUGGCCACCGCUGCAUACAUCCUCAGACCCCGUGCCCCCCUCCACUGGUUAGACCCUGGAGCAUUUGGUACCCUGGGGGUUGGGGGAGGAUUCGCCCUGGGAGCUAAGCUAUGUCGCCCUGACUCUGAUGUGUGGAUUAUCUAUGGCGACGGUUCCCUUGGUUACAGCAUCGCAGAGUUUGAUACCUUCACCAGGCACAAGAUACCUGUGAUGGCAUUGGUUGGCAAUGAUGCUGGGUGGACACAGAUUGAGAGAGAACAAGUUCCUAUGUUUGGUAGCAGUGUGGCCUGUAAAUUAGCAUUCACAGACUAUGAAAAGGUUGCCAUUGGUUAUGGAGGCAUGGGACUGAAGCUGGACAGAAGUAAUGAAGACAAGAUCCGCGAGAUCUUAAAGGAGACGAUUAAACUGAACAGAGAAGGAAAUAGCAUCCUAGUCAACAUCCUCAUCGGGAAGACCAACUUCAGAGAGGGGAGCAUUUCUGUCUGAGGACAUGUCUGUAAAAUGUAUAUAAACCAACCAGUGGUUCAUCCAUGUGUCUGAUUUCUACAUUUAAUCAUCUGUGUUUAGCUGUUAUGACUGGAUAGGUGCAUGUCCUGUUUAUCACAAGUCUUUCUUUCAGAAUAAAUUACUUUUAAUAAUAACAUUCAUGUAUGUACAGAUGUUUAUAUCAGUUCCAUGUUUCAGUGACUGUGAUAUAUUAUUCUUAUACAACACUCCACAAAACAUCAUCUUCAGUGUUUAUCAGAACAACUUUCUGUUAAAGUAUUCAAAAUAUGA